AUGAGGUCGCUUCCGAGGGGUAUCUACACGCCACUCCCUUGCUUUUUCAAGCAGAACGAGGAUCUAGAUCUAGAAAGCUUUGUGAACCACCUCAAAUUCAUAGCACAGGCGGGCACAAUACCAGUCAUCUCGGGCAGUGCAGGCGAGGCGGUGCAUCUGGAUCGUGAAGAGAGAAUCGAAUUGAUCAGGACUGCAAGAGAAACCCUUGAUCGCAUCGGUUGCUCUGAUGUUCCCAUCGUUGCCGGCGUUGGGGGCGCUAGUACCCGGGAAUCGAUUAAGCUAGCUCGCGAUGCCGCUGAAGCGGGCGCCGACUAUGGCAUGGUGAUCCCGCCAGGAUACUAUGCCGGAGCUUUAAUCGCCAAUCGGGACUCUAUCAAGAGCUUCUUCAUUGACAUCGCAGAAGCAUCGGAAUUACCAAUCAUUAUUUACAACUUUCCAGCUGUCUCGGGCGGGGUCGACAUGGAUAGCGACCUCGUUGUAGACAUCAUCAAAGGGUCACCAAACAUAUGCGGCAUCAAGCUUACCUGUGCAAACGUGGGGAAACUCACGCGCAUUUUGGCAGAGGCGAAUAACCCGGAUUUCAAAGCAAAAUACCCCAGGCGAACGAAAGACCUGGAGUUCACUGCCAUAGACGGCUUCAUCGACUUCCUUCUGCCCUCAGUAGCGGUGGGCGCUGGGGGCGCUAUCAGCGGAUUGCCCAAUUUUGCUCCUAAAGCAUGCGUUAAGCUGUGGGAUCUUUGCCAAUCGCACGAUACGGCGAAGGAAGCACUGGAGUUGCAGCAGCUGAUCUCGCUGGCCGACCGUGUGCAGCUCAAGAUAGGGAUACAUGGAAUGAAGAAACUACUGAACAGGCAAUUUGGCUACAGUCCUGUGUCACGGCGUCCAUUGCCCUCAAUGUCCGAUGACCUUGCCGACAGCAUGUUUGCAGACCCCUACUUGCAGAAGCUGCUGCAAUUGGAGGCGACGCUGUAG